GAAAUAGCUCCCAUCCGGAGAACAUUCAUCUAGUCAAGUUUCUUCUGCGCAUAAUUCCGUUACUACACCAGGAUUUAGUAUUAUCUUAUGGUUUCUCAAAUCAAGACCCUACUUUAGAUAUGGAAAAAAAGCUGCCUGAACAGAAUAGCUUAUGGGAUUCCAUGUUUGGUAGAGCAUUUUCUGUGUCUGAGUCUUUGUUUCCUACUGACGUCUGCCAAUGCACGCUAGAGGUUCUAAGGAAAGUAAUGGAUGUCUUAGCAUCCAAGGGCCUGCUUGUCGAAGACCGAUUUAUGUGGAGAUUUUAUUCAUGCCUUCUAGACUGUGUGCAUGAGGUCCUUACAAAUAUCAAAUGUCCUGUUUCUGAUCACGUCUCAAGUUUCAUAGCAGCAUUGAGAAUGUUUUUCUGUUUUGGACUUACUGGCCCACCCCAGUUCUCUCAUUCUGAUGUUGUUCACAAAGAUAAGCAAUUAAAUGUCAUGCUUUCCACAUUGAUUUCUGGAGUAAGUAAGAACGCCAAUAAUAAUCCUUAUAGGCCACCCCACUUGCGCAAGAGGGAUGUUUUGAACACUAAGCAGCCAGUGUCUUGUGACUGGCGGCACCUGUCUGCUCAUGAUUCUGGUAGUUGUGAUGUUAUAUCAUCAGAUUCUGAUUUUAGUGACAGUGAUGGUUCCGUACGGGAUUCUUAUUGUGCCCAAAGCUCGAAGGUUAGAAUAGCUGCCAUUGUUUGCAUACAGGAUCUUUGCCAGGCUGAUUCAAAGUCAUUUACCACUCAGUGGAUGGCUCUCUUUCCAACCAGUGAUGUACUCAAGCCAAGGAAGUUUGAAGCUACUCUAAUGACCUGCUUGCUUUUUGAUCCUCAUUUGAAGGUAAGGAUUGCAUCUGCGUCAGCUCUUGCCACCAUGAUGGAUGGGCCUUCAUCUAUUUUCCUUCAAGUGGCAGAGUACAAGGAAUCCACCAAAUAUGGAUCGUUUAUGCCCCUCUCCAAUUCCCUUGGUCUAAUAUUAAUGCAACUCCAUACAGGAUCAAUCGAAGACUCAACCCUCAACAAAUUGACACAAAUCCGGGAACAGUACGAUCCGUCGCGUCUGCAAAGACCCAUCCAUGUGGCGCAAAAUCGACAUGAGAAACAACUGAAUCUUUGCAGAGACAUUGUUGAUUCAGCUGUUCAAGAUCCUCUUGCUUCUGAUAUCAAGCACACCCUACUCAAGAAUGCCAGGAGAAUUGCUGCCAAAAGUUAUAAUGUCUCUGCAUGCUAGGAUUAAUGAGGGGUUUCCUUUCAAAAAUGAUAAAACUGGUCUGCUG